CAUGUCACCGCAGGGGCUCAGUAAGGUACCUUAGACUACAUUCGGGAUCUCUGUGUUCUCGGGAUUCCGCACUAGUCAGUCGGUGUUUCUGCUCCUGAAAUAGCGGCGGGAGGGAAACCGGAUCCGGCGAGCGGAGAACUGAAACUGAAACCUGACACCGAGUCCGGGGCUCACAGAGCCGGUCAGCGCGCUGAGCUUCACCGGGAACCCUGCGAACUCGCCGCUUUUCUAGAGUUUUCCUGAAUGAACUGGAGUGUGCAGAUCGGCGCCUUCUGCCCAGAGGGAGACUGAAAGGCAGGGUAGCGGUCUGUCGGCUGAAGUAUUGAAGUUAUUCAGUUAAUUCUGAGAAGUUCGGUUCCGGUUUCAAGCUAAAAGGCGCGGCACAGGAACCGCGGAGCCCGAAAAGCCGCUCGUUCCUUCGGUUUCACGUUAGCCACAUUCGCGCCGGCCCGCGGCUCGUUAGUGUUUAAACCAGUUUAUUUCUUAUACUUCCUCGCAUUUCUGCGGACCCUCAGGUAAGACUCUGUUACAGGUCCUCACUGCAGGUUUUAUUAGCGCUGUUCACUCGGCCCAGUGGACCGAACCUCCGUGGCUAAGCACCAUGUUAGCGUUAGCUCGUUAGCUUAGCCGCUAGCGCUAACCCUCCGCUCUCCGUCUCGUCCGAUCCAGAGAAAAUGCCCCAGAAGCGGCGCUCGCAGUCCUGGGCUGAGCUCAAACAGGCCGGCAACGAGCGCUUCAAGACCGGCCAGUACGGAGAGGCCGUGUCCCUCUACAGCCAAGCCAUCCACCUGCUGGAAAAGUCGGGUCAGAAGAAACCGGAGGAUCUGAGUAUUUUGUAUUCAAAUCGGGCAGCCAGUUACCUGAAGGAUGGAAACUGCAGUGAAUGCAUUAAGGAUUGCUCAGUGUCCCUGGAGCUGGUGCCGUUUGGGAUUAAAUCCUUGCUCCGCCGCGCUGCAGCUUAUGAGGCUAUUGAGAGAUACAGACAAGCCUACGUUGACUAUAAAACAGUACUGCAGAUCGACUGCAAUGUACAGGCAGCUCACGACGGCACCAACAGAAUGACGAAGGCUCUGACCGACAUGGAUGGACCAGCUUGGCGUGAGAAGCUCCCUCCGAUCCCCACUGUUCCCUUGGAAGUGAAGGAGAAACUACUGCAAGCUGCGAGCUCAGCGCCCCCUGCCCAGCAGAACGGCAUCAAGGAAAACAGCAGUCAAAUAGUUGGUGACGUCAAAAAGGCCAGGCUUCUGAAGGAGGAGGGUAACGCUCUCGUGAAGAAAGGAGAGCACAAGAAGGCAGUCGAGAAAUACACACAGUCUCUCGGUCAGGACCCCACUGAGGUCACAACGUAUACAAACAGGGCUCUGUGCUACCUGUCUCUAAAGAUGUACAAGGAAGCUGUGAAGGACUGUGAAGAGGCUCUUCGACUGGACUCGGCUAACAUUAAAGCUCUGUACAGACGCGCACAGGCGUACAAGGAGCUGAAAGACAAGAAGGCCUGUGUUCAGGAUCUGAACAGCCUGCUGAAGAUCGAGCCAAAGAACACAGCCGCACAGAAGCUACUGCAGGAAGUACAGAAGAUGAAAUAACAUUUUUUUUUGUAAGGCUCCCACAGACAUGAGGAAUGCAAUCCCUUGAGUGCCUCAAGUUGAUCUGCCUCUGAAAGCUGCUCCCCCCCAUUGAAACACUCCUUUCAUGGAGGUGGAUGUUUUGUCUUGGAAACUGGUAUAGAGUUAUAACGUAACAUCAUAAAAUGGCCAAAUGUCUUGUUACGUCCUUCCCAUCCAGUGAUAAAGUGCAUGAGGGUCAACAGAGUGCAUCAGCAUACAUACAUGCACCAACUCUGAUACCAAUGCAGCAAAAUGCUUUGACAAAAAUUUACAUACAUUCUUCUAGUAUUGAUCGGUGACGGACUGACUACCCUAUUCCAGUUUCUUUGUGCAAAUGACAAAUGGGUUUGUUAUUAUUAAUGUACUGUUUUUCAUUACACUGCACUGGUUUGUACUUUUUGUACUUUUAUCAGGGUAUAGAUGUUUAUUUUGACAGUUUGUUCUUGCUAGGUGAUGUAAAAUCCACAUCUUGAUCGAGUAUUAAUUAAUGCAGAUAAUAGGGCCUCAUUAAUAAAAUCCCAAAAUUCAAAACUCUGAUGCUCACACCUUUUAUUUUAGCCAAUAAUGCAUAUUAAACCUGAAUGUACUUGUUCGUUUGUGGACUGUUAUACGUCCUAUAGAAAUGCUUACCGCAAAUUAUGACAUUAUAACACAAACUCAUAACUCAAUAUUAAGGUGGUGGCGCUUCUAGUGAUUCUAAGGAUCAACCAAAUGCAUGCAGAGCUCCUGAAUGGGUACCACUUUAGAAUGAGACGAAGACUACAUUUAUGAAGGGUUUUUGAAUGGUUUAAAAUAAGUUAAUUAACAGGUAUUGUUUAGGUCAUAAACACCUUUGAAAUCAUGAAUAAGCUCACAGUUUAAUGCUCAAAAGUUCAAGAUCAAAAUCUGAGGUUUAACCGUAUAAAUGAAUGUGGUUUCACUAUUUAGACAGACAUCAGGUCAAUGUUGCCCUUCAGACGGGUCAAAAUGAGUUUACUAAUGGUUAUUAAUUACGUCAUGCACACCUUAUAAUCAUCAAUCAACAGUUAUAACACAAAGAAAAAGGGCUAUUUAUUGCUUAGUAGUGAACCCACAUUCAUUUAUACUGUUAAAGUUCAGAUUUUGAUGCUUAUUGAUGUUAAUCCAUCAGUCAGCCUUAAACUGAUGGCUUCGUCACGCAUUCAUAUCCAUCAGAUGUAUGAGCUCACCUUCUUAUUACUGUGAUAACUGCUUAUAAAUGAUUUGUUGAGUGUUUAUGAUCUAAGUAAUAACCAUUAAUAAACACAUUUUAAACCAUUCACUUAUUCUAUAGUGGUGCCCCUGAAUAAUGGUCAUUUCGUAAGGAAUGGGUAUUUAUUUCAAUUCCGCUAUGUGUUUAAAUCAUUUUAGAGUUUCCUGUAUUCUACAUAUUCAUGUAUGACGAAAUACUUGGACAAUAAAGAAACUGGUGUUGCUUUGA